CAUAGACACGCAUUUGCAUAUUUAUCUAGCCUUGUGUGCUGUUUGUUCCAAUAUCUGUUCUUCCUGUUACUGGAUAUCGGCUUCGUUGUUUCUUGUUAGUCAAUGUUAACUCGGAAAACGUAGGUGUUUCCUUUGUUUGGGGAAUAAUUAGAGAAUCUCUGACAGUCAGGUAAUAGCAUUCCUUACCUCUGGGUUCCAUCUGAAUCUAUUCUUUUCUCAUCCCGUAUUGAAGGUGUGGACGUAUGCAUAAUUGUUCUCGUGUUUUCAUAACAGAUUUCCACAACCACAAACAAAGUUGGGAUGUCAUUCUUUCUUUUGAGUUGCUGAGAGUUUCACCCACCAAUAUAAAUAAGACCUUUCUUUGCUAGCAGUAUCUGCAAAUCAAGGUUGGAUUCCUAUAUUUGAGAUAUGUUGCAGAUGCAAAGACGUUGUGGACAUGGUAUGAACCGUACAUUAAAGAUGAUGAGUUAUAGCGCAUCUCAAUUAUCAGCUCUUCGGGUGUACUGUCUCUGUCUGGAAGUUCCUGUGGCCAACUGCUUACAAAUUCGUUGUUGUGGGAAUUUGCACCAGGAUCAAAUGGACGGAUGACGACAAUGGGUGUAUACGUACGUGAUUUGCUACUUGGACUGUAUUACUUUGAUACUUUGUUUCCACGUAUUCCUGUUCCCGUCAUGCGCCAGAUUGUAUCAAACCUUGAGAAGAUGAAUCUGCCAACUAAACCUUCUGGUUCAACUGGAGACAUGACUCGUGGCUCUGACGACACUGCCCGUCGUCCACCAUCAGUAAAAGCAUCACUCUCUGUUUCAUUUGGUCAGCGUGCACCUCACCGUGCUUCCACCAGAGGCUCCUCUCCUGUUCGCCGCCCUCCACCUUCUGGUUAUGACAGUAAUGGAGGCGAUGAACUACAACAGCGGUCCCCACGUAGGAGCCAGAUCCGAGACUAUGACAGAGACUCAGACAGACAUCGGGAGAGGGACAGAGACAGAGACAGAGAGAGGGAGAGGGACAGAGAGAGAGACAGAGACAGAGAGAGGGAGAGGGACAGAGAUAGAUACAGAGAAAGGGAGAGGGAUUAUGGUAAUGAUAGGAGAUCGAGGCGAGACUAUGAAAGUAGAAGCAGACGCAAUGAUUAUGAGGAUGAUAGAAGCAGACAUGACCGAAGGAGCAGGAGCAGAAGCAGAAGUAGGAGCAGGAGUUUGCAAAUUGAGCGUGAACCGACUCCUAAAAGAGAUAAUAGCAACAGGGAGAAAUCAGCUGUGACUGUGAACAGCAAUCUUGCGAAGCUCAAAGAUUUAUAUGGAGACGCGAGUAAUCAGAAAGGAGAUGAAGGAUUUGGAACAAGGAGGGAUUCAAGCUCAGAAGAGGUCAUCAAGCUUGGUGGUUCCUCUUGGAGGUGAAAAAACAAAACAAAAACAAAAACAAAAACUGUGGAUUUUAAAAUGCUUCUUCUAUUUCGUAGGAUGAUGCAUGUUGUUUUACUGUAUUGUUUUAGUCUCCAGCAAGCUACAUUUGUUAUAUGCCUGAAAUUACAGUUUAUUAGAAUUGAUAUUUAUCUUGAAUU